UACUGUAAAGCUGUUUUUCCUUCAGGAAAGUGAAUCUGGGUUAGUGACGACACUUCCCCCUCUCAUCGGAUUUAUCCCUGAAGUUUUUUUCUCGCCCUCUCCCCUGUAGGGCUCAGUGAAGUUUACUUUUCUCUCCUUUUUCUGAGCCAGUUUUAAAGUAAAAACAGCACCAUGUCGCCCCCGUCUCGACGGCUUCAGACGAAGCCAGUGAUCACCUGCUUGAAGACCUUCCUCAUCUCCUACAGCGUUAUUUUCUGGUUCACAGGCGUAAUCCUGCUGGCCGUCGGCGUGUGGGGGAAGGUGAGCCUGGAGGCCUAUUUCACUCUGGCUUCGGAGGAGAGCACCAAUGCACCAUAUGUCCUGAUCGGGACCGGAGCCACCAUCGUUAUUUUCGGGCUGUUCGGCUGCUUUGCCACAUGCCGCGGCAGCCCAUGGAUGCUCAAACUGUAUGCCAUGUUUCUGACCUUGGUGUUCCUGGCUGAGCUUCUGGCCGGUGUCUCUGGAUUCAUCUUCCGACAUGAGAUCAAGGCCAAGUUAGGUGUUGCCUAUAACAACGCUCUGACAAACUACAACAGCACCGGUGGCAGCAGCAGCAGCAGCAGUGCGGUCGAUAUAAUCCAGAAGACUCUGCAUUGCUGCGGAGUGAACAAUUACACUGACUGGAGCACCACAGAAUACUUUAAAGCCAGCGGCAUCCCUGCCAGCUGCUGUAAAGACAGCACAAACUGCACCCCGGAGACCCUGAAAGACCUGGACAAGGCUGGGCAGGAGGUUUACACCGUUGGCUGCUUUGCACGGGUGACCCAUGUGAUGGAGUCCAACCUGGGAAUUAUCGCUGGGAUCUCUUUUGGGAUUGCAUUCUUCCAGCUCAUUGGGAUAUUCCUGUCCUGCUGCUUGUCUCGAUAUAUAACCAACAACCAGUAUGAGAUGGUCUAACAGUGACCUUCCCCAGGAGACCACAUCAUGUGCAGACAGAUCCAAGCACAAAUUAUGACAACUGCAGCAGUGAUGAAAUGUCCAAAUGCAAAUUGGCUGCUUUACACUGACGUCUGACAUGUUUUCCAUCUUUACUUGCAGGUCACUGAUGGGCAACUCCUGAUGCAAACUGAGUUGAAAGAAUCUCCUGUGAUUUUAUUAUUGUGUGCGUGUUAGUGGAUAUUAUUUUAGAGAGGGAAAAACACUCACUGCUUUUUUUUUUUCAAGCAACAAACGAGCAGAAAGGAAAUAAUGUAAAAGGGAUGCUAUCUGCGGUGUAGUUUGACCAAAAAAUAAAAGGGACCUUCGGAGAUCAUGUGUUACUCCUGAGAUUUAAUUAGGGAUUUAUAAUAAGUAUAGAUGUUACUUUUCUUUCAGUUAAUUCAUUUGACCAAUUGUCAACAUUUCCACUUCCUGUGUCUUUGUAUAAUGCAGCUGCCUUUUUUUGUUGUUGUAAUUUUGCUAAAAUAUUAGUCUGUAGCUGAGCAGAUGAAAUCUAGACAAUAAGCUGAUAAAUGUUCUCUGCAACAAUAAGUGAAUUUCUGUGAAACCAACAUGGACGAUAGGUCGCCACCCUGAAGAAAAGAAAAGCGAGUAAGGACUUGAGAAUGAGCCUGACUAAUUACGUAGGCCAGUAUUGUUGAAAGACUUCAUUCAUAUGUGCCAAGUAUAGUUACCCAGCCAACUUUAUAUCACAUAUUUCAGUGUUAAGUUGUUAUUCGUUUGUGGAUGCAUGUGAAAUACUUGAAAAAAUAAAGAUUUAAUUUAGUAUCUUUAA